GUUAGUCAGUUAAGCAACAAACACGUGAAGCUUGAUAGUUAAAUAGCUAAAUUUUUAGCUUAGCUUUCAGAAUAGACUACAUCCUGAGUGCUAUUUUAUUUCCUACCUGUAUUCUGGAAAGUCCCGCCUAUCGCGUGUUUCCGAUUAGUGCGUUUUCAUUGAGCAUAAAACGCUAGCCAAUACUAGGUCAGAAUCGCGGAAGGUUCGAGCCAAUCACAGCGAAAGAAGUGAAGCUUGUCGGAAAACGGGUUGGGAAAGUAAUGCAGUAAGACUCGGUAAGCAUAGCAACAGUCCGCCAAAAGUUCAGCGCGCUAACAGCUAUUUUGUACCGCGGGUUUGGAGUCGGUGCUCCGUUACACCACUACGGGGCCAGUGGUAAGAUGGCGCUUAAACGAAUACAAAAGGAACUGACUGAUUUGGCCAGAGAUCCUCCAGCACAGUGUUCAGCAGGUCCAGUUGGAGACGAUGUAUUCCAUUGGCAGGCUACAAUCAUGGGUCCUAACGAGAGUCCCUAUCAGGGUGGUGUUUUCUUCCUGACUAUACACUUCCCAACAGACUACCCCUUCAAACCGCCAAAGGUUGCAUUCACCACGAGAAUCUACCACCCAAAUAUUAACAGUAACGGCAGCAUCUGUCUGGAUAUCCUCAGGUCCCAGUGGUCUCCUGCACUUACAAUCUCUAAAGUUCUCUUGUCUAUCUGCUCACUCUUGUGUGAUCCAAACCCAGAUGAUCCUCUCGUACCAGAGAUUGCACGAAUCUACAAAACAGACACAGAAAAGUACAAUAAAAUGGCAAGAGAAUGGACAGAGAAAUAUGCCAUGUUGUAGAUACAACAGAAUAGCACGGGAAUGGACACAGAAAUAUGCCAUGUGAUGUUGGCAGGACACAUUUACAAACUGUUGUUUAUGCUGUUGUGUUUUGGUCACCGUCUUAAAGCCAUUUCAUCACACAUGUCUCUUAUGGAGAAACAGUCUGCAGUUGUCUGUUCAAACAAGACUACAACAUGACCUGCAGGAGUUGCCAUUUUCAAAUACCAUGUGGACCUCAUACAUCAAGUGGAGUCUUUUCUCUGCUUCCUGCUUUUUUUUUGCCUUGUGGCCAGUACAUCAGUUAUUUACUCUGACCUCUUGCCUCAUGCAAUCAUUGUAAGAGCACAGUGCUGGCCUGAUCAGGCAGAGGACUGUAGGAUGUGCUACUGGUUCUUCCGGCCUGUGCUGCAUGUCUUCACAGAGUGAAGCUCAGUUGUGGCAUAGCACUGGGAUUCUCAGAUGCCUUCUUUUGUUUUGCUCAUUCUGCAAAUCUGAGAUCCUUUCUUGUCCCAAGCUUUAACAUCUGUAGCAAUGAAAUGCACCACAAUCAACUAGUUUAUAUGUCCUGCUUUUAUUUUUCCCCUAAAUAAAGUCAAAUGAUUCA